GCGAGACCACCCUGGAGGCCGCGGGCGUCGCCGAGAUCGGGGGCGGGGCAGCUGAUUCUCGUGGUGUCUCCUCUCAUUCGCGUCCUGACCACCUCCGCCGACUGCACGGCGAAGAUCUGGAGCGUCACGACGGGCGAGUGCGACUGCCUGUGCACCCUGGAGGGCCAUGGGCUUCGGAUCAACUCCGGGGAGUUCUCUGCAGACGGUCUUUUGGUAGCCACGGCCUCGAGUGACAGCACAGCGAAGGUUUGGGACACCGCCACGGGCGUGUGCCUGCGCACGCUUGAAGGCCAUAGCCUUUGCGUCAACUCCGCGGCGUUCUCCUCAGAUGGCCAGGCUGUGGUCACGGCCUCUGAGGACUUCACUGCGAAGAUCUGGGCUACCGCCUCGGGAGAGCUUUCGUGCUCGCUCGAGGGCAACGCUUGCCCUGUUCACUCCGCUCUCUUCUUGCACGACAGCCAGAGUGUAGUCACAGUUGCCGGCAGCCUGAGGGGUGCAGUGAAGAUCUGGAGCUCUGUCUCGGGCGAGUGUCUCCACACCCUGGAGGGCCACGAGCACAUCGUAAAGUCUGCCGCGACCUCGUCGGACGGCGAUUCCGUGAUCACAGCAUCUGGCGACUGCACCGCCAAGGUGUGGAGCGCCUCUUCAGGCGUGUGCCUGCACACGCUGGAGGUGCACGGGCUCGCCGUCACGUCGGCGGCAUUCUCCCUGGACGGCCUCGCGGCCGCCACGGCUUCCGUAGACUGCACGGCGAAGACCUGGAGCACAGUGUCUGGCAGUUUGGUGCAUUCUCUGGAGGCCAUGGGCUCAGCGUCAAUUCAGUAG